AGAUCAUUCCAAAGUUCAGGUGUUACAGUGUGUUCAAUUUGUUAUCAUUUACUUACUCUGUACAGCACUUAGUUUAUUAUCUGUCCAAUUACAAAAUACGAAGAAUGAAGAACUGGUUUCCAAGUCAUGGCAUUAUCUACUGUCGAACUGGCAGUUAUAAAAAUUCAGCAAUAAUAUUUCCAAAUGGUUUGAUUCUUACAUCAGGAUUGACUCUACUUCAAGUAACAAAUUCCAAAGACGCACUAUAUAAAAUGCCCGACAAACCAUUGAUUCAUGCCAGAGAUCCUGAAAUAAGCGAAUUGGAUGAACUAGAUUUCAGAAUGAUUAUUCCAAAUCCAAAAAACGGUUUAACGGAAUUUAAAGCACGAAUAGCGUUCAUAGUAUUUUCAAAAUUUAUUGAAGCAAGUAUUAGAGAUUGUUCUGCCCUCAAAUUCCUAGUUGACGGUAAAUACGAACGUAUAGGAGAGUAUAUCAAAUUUUUUUCUUCGUUCCUGCUACUUCGGAAAUUUGAGUCCAACAUAUCACUUGAGCAGACAAAGCAGGUGUUUUUGCAUCUCAUGGAUAGCACAAAUUAUAGUUUAAAUAUAAUAGAAGAAAUAAUUUGCGUUUCUACUCCAUUCGGAAACGAACACUUUAUGAAUACUGUCAAUCUCGGACAUGUAGCCAACGUUUUUGGAACUGAGAACUGUCUAGCACUGUUAAAUGUCCAAACGGCUUUUGGUUGUGAAGGAGGAGGGGUUUAUGAUAAGCAGCUAAACUUGCGAAGCGUUUUAUUAGGAUCAUGUUUUUAUAAUGAAAACGAUAUUGCAAGUUUUCCUUUAGCAGCAAACAUUACAGAAAUUUUUAGAGCCCUUUUCAGUAGAAGUCUAACAAUAGAACCUGCAAGAAAAAACAUAGAAAAAUACAUGGAGUCUGUGUGUUUGAUUGAUUCAAUGAACUGUUGGGGUACCGGAUGUAUAUUUCAGAUCAAAGGCCGUAAUUUGGUGAUUACUUGUUCGCAUGUAGUAAAAAGUGAUAAUAUUGUCUGUUACGUUAAAGGAUGUGAAUAUCAGCUAAAGUUACUGUACAAAAACCCGAUUUACGAUAGCGCAUACGAUAUCGCGAUAUUAGAACUAGCUGAUUGUAGUAAUUCACAAAAAAUAAAACUCUGUCAUUUGGCAACGUACGUCCCAAAAGUAGGUCAGAGAGUGUAUGCAAUUGGAUUUCCGCUAUUUAAAAUCUUUGGUUUAAAUGAAAACUUCAAACCAAGUAUUUUUUGUGGGCGAGUAACCAUGUACACAAAAGGAGUUCUUAUCACCGAUUGCCCCGUACAAGCUGGUCAAAGCGGUGGACCGAUUUUUGAUAGUACAGGGAAUUUGAUAGCCGUCAUGGUCUCAAACUUCAAAAGUUCCUUUGAUGAUAAAAUUUAUCCGCAUCAUAAUAUGUGUGUUCCAAUUUGUGAUAUUAACACAACGCUGCAGAAAUACAUUGAAACUAAUGAUAUCACUACUUUGCGAGAGAUUGGGGCCAAUCAAAUCAUAAUUGAUAAAUGGAAACUGCGAGACAUGAAAAUCACGAACAAAUUAUAAAUACUGCUGAAGGAAAAAAAGCGGAAAAUCAAAAUAGUAUAUUUAUUGAUAACUUGUCUGCUUUGGAAACAUAUAGCCUGUGAAUCAUCCAGGGCUGUGCCGUUAUAGUGUAUAAGGGGGCAUGGAUGAUGUACGUCAGGCAUAUAGAAGGAAAAGGGACAAGAAAAUCGUGAUGAUUUGUGACGUAGGGAGGCCCACCAGCGAUCAUUUAGUUUUGUUCGAGGGAGAGAGGGUAUAAAAAAAGUUACGUCACAUGGGAAAUGUUUACAAAUAAAAAAACAAACCCAAUUAAUCCACCUAGCGGUCAGUCUCAGCCUUUCUCAUUCAAACUUGUUAUUUGUGAAAAUAGUUUUACUUACUUACUUUACUUUACUUUUUUGGCUAACGGACCGUUCGCCGGUCCAGGGCCGAACGAAUUAGAGAUGUCCAUCUUCUUCUGUCUUGAGCAGCCGUUCUCCAGUCUCCCCGUACACCAGCAGAUCGUGCAUCUUCUUCCACCGCGCACAUCCACCGCGUGCGAGGCCUACCACGGAGUCGACGGCCUCUUCCUGGUUCUCUACUGAAGAUAGUUUUGGCGGCUCUCUCGUCAGGCAUCCUGGCUACAUGUCCAGCCUGCCCCGCUGUAUUACCUUCACUAUAUCAGCAUGUUUGUAUACCUGGUACUGAUUCAUGCGUCUGCGCCACACUCCAUCUUCCAGUUUACCGCCAAGUAUCGAUCGCAGAACUUUACGCUCAAAAACUCCGAGCACUCGUCGAUCAGCUUCCUUCAGCGUCCAUGCUUCAUGUCCGUAAAGGGCCACCGGGAGUAUCAGCGUCCUAUACAGCGCUAGUUUUGUGCGAGUUUGCAAACUACGGGACCUUAGCUGGUUACGCAGUCCGUAGAAAGCCCUGUUCGCAGCUGCAACUCGUCGUUUCACUUCACGGCUCAUAUCGUUGUCACAUGUCACAAGCGUACCAAGAUAAACGAAUUCGUCAACCACUUUAAAUCGUUCCUCAUCUAUCUCCACCUCAGCACCAACACCACGGGGACUCCCACGCAAAUAGUUUUACAUGAAUGCUUAAAUCCAAUAAAGGUACAUUCACUCUUUGGGGUUUAAAAUAUUGAUGCUGUAAUUUAAGUAUAAGAUAUAAAAUUUGACGUUAUGUUAGCGCUUAAGAAAUAGCGAAAUAAAAGAAAUGACUCUUAAUUUCGAUCAAUUUAAUCACGAGCGAUACCGGGAACGUUCAAAUAGUACGAUACCACAUUUAAAUCAUGUUGAGGCCAAAUAUAUUGAUCAAAGCAGGUAUAGUUUUGAAUAUUCUUUGAAUUU